AUGAAUCUGGAUGUUUUCAAAGUUGAAGUGUGAGUUUUUCGGGGAUUUUUCUAAAAGUUUUCCGGGAGUAAGGGUAAAACAGAUGUCUCUAAAUAAUUCAUUUUUUUAUUAAUCUGUCAAAAAAAAACAAGAUUAUGCACAUAGAUGAAAAAGGUGAAACAUCUGUCUGUCUUGGUUACGUGUCCAGCCAAAUUAGUCCAUCUUUUUUCUUGUUUACAUUUAAUUACUUUCGAACGAAUAUGGGAACACGCCCCGGCUGACCUUGUUUUUGGACUUUUUGACACCUCUCAACCGCUUCAAAUCGAAUAAUUACUUAUAUAAUCUGUCGAAAACCGCAAUUAAUCUUCAGGUUUCCCGCUGGGAAACUACGAUUUCCGAUAGAUUUUAUCGGUUUUUGUGUAUUUUUCAAAAAUAUGUGGGGGUUUUUCUAGUUGAUUCGCUUUGGAAAACAAUGAAAUUAGUGCAACAAAGGUCCAUUGUUCCUUUCCUUUUUGCAUCUAGAAAAAAGUCGCUGAAUAAAGUUGUUAGAAAAACAAUUGUUGAGUGAUUUAUAGUUGUUCAUGUUCAAUUUUUGCUAAAAAAAAAUGUGGGGCAAAAAACUUAUCUUCUUCUCGUUUUUUUCCGGGACAAAUUCGAUUGUCACUUCUUUUUUGCUUUGAUCCAACUAUACAUAUUUUCGAACGUAUUUUUUUUGAACGUAGACAUCUGGCAAGUCAUUUUUCAAGGUGAAAAUGGGCCUUUUCACAAUAUGUUUAGGAGAUUCAAGGUUUUCUUGGAAUUUAUUUGAAUUUUCAAAGGUGCAUGCUAAAUGAGGCUUUGGUCUCACGGCGAACGGUUUUGCGUGUAGUUCUCUUGGAGAAAAUGACCAGGUUUAUAGCUCUUUUUGUGCUCUGCCGACCUUUUUCUCUUUAUUCUUGUGUUUUUGUCCCUUUUUUCCCUUCUCACCCACUAUUCCUAUUCCUAUUAUUAUUAUUCCUUUUUUCUCUCCUGGUGUUCUUUUUUUUCUUUGCGAGAAUGGACAAUAAGAAAUAGAAGGAGAAAAAAAAUGAAUAUUGGAAUAGAACAGCUGCCAAAAUGACUUUUUUUCGGCGAUUUUUGGGGGAGUUUUUGGGUGAAAUUGUCGUUUUCGAUCUGAAAAUCAGGAAAUUUAGCUGAAAUUCUUGGAUUUUCCGGGAAUUUCAAGUGAGUUUCAUGAUUUUCAGCUCGAAAUUGACCGUAGAUGCGAAAGCUAUGUUCAAAUUUUAAAGCCAGAUUCUUCCAGGAAAGAAUAGGUUUCAAAAUUCUAACUAAAAAAUUUUUUGAAUAUUUUCUUGAUUCUUCGUUUGACUUUGUUUCAAAAAAAAAAUAAAUUUCAAAUUUUGAGAGGUUUCUGACUGAAAUUUCAAAUUUCUAUAAUCUUUGAUUUCAAAAACUUAUUUGAAGUAGUAUUUUCUAUCUGAAAAUAAUAAAAUUCACCUGAAAUUCUUUGAUUUUCCCGGAUUUUCAGGUGAUUUUUAUGCUUUUCAGCUCGAAAUUGACCGGAGAUGCGGAAGCUAUGCCCAAUUUUUCCACCUUGACUUCUGAAAUCUGACCCUAUUCAUGUUCCUCUCCUAAUUAUUUCCUUCUCCCAAUUUUUCCUUUCCAUCUGCACAACAAAAGUGUCAAUUUCUUCUUCAUUUUUCAUCCCAAAAUAAGCCAUAAACUUAAAUAUUUGUUUAUUUUUCCGAUUUUCCCAAUUUAUUUAUUCUUCCUUCCCUCAUUAGUAUUCAAAAUUGAAAUUUAAUUUUAUUUCAAUUUCAAUUUCAGAAAAACCUGAUAAUUAUUUGUUGUAUGAGACAGAUCUAUAAUUAUUAUAUAAAUUCGUAUUGACAAGUAUUCUCCUUUUUUUUUGGCCCAAAAACGAAUCGAAAUUUAUAUUCAUGAGAGAAUUUCUGAUACUGUUUUUUGUUUGUUUGGUUUCUUUUUAGGGAAAAUGGAAAAAAAAAACAACAAAAGAAACGAAAAAUCUUGGUUUUUUGGUUGGUUUUUCACCCAAAAAAUUAAAUUUUCAUUGAUUUUCUAAUCAUUUUCGAUAUGAAAUUCAUAAAAUUCAUCUGAAAAUUUACCAUUCAAAUUUCGUCGCAAAAUACGUUUCAAAAUUUUUAUAAUAGAAUUUUCGGAAACAAAACCUUGAUCUGUAUGCGCGAUACUGUUGGCUCCAAAUUCUACCUGAAAAUAUGAUUUUCAUAUAAUUUAUGACUGAAAUUUCGAGCUGUACCUAAAUUUUCCGAAUUUUUUAGCAAAAAUUUUCCCGAAAAUCAUAUUCAAAUUGUCAUUUUCGAUCUGGAAAUCAUAAAAUUCAUCUGGAAUUCCUGGAUUUUCUGGGACAUUCAGCUGUUUUUCAUGAUUUUCAGCUCGAAAUUGACCGAAGAUGCGGAAGCUAUGCCCAAUUUUUUGCUUAUUUUCCCCCUCAAAAAUCAGUUGUUCACAUAACCUUGCUCAGAGAUUCGCUGGCCAGCUCGCCACUAGAUCAGGACCAGGUGGCCGGAAAGUUCAAAACGAGCUGAAUUUGAUUCGGCCACCAGGUCGCCUUGAGUUUUCCGGCGACGUGGCCUGUGUGUUUCAAACCCUGAAAAGCUAGCAAGACGGUGGUUUGUACUCAAAAUAGUGCAUUUUUUACUGUUUUUUUCACUUCCUAAGGUUUCUAGUACUCCGAAAAAACAGAAAAUGAGCCAAUUUCUUCUAGAAUGCUCGGAUUCACAAGUUUUUUAGACUUUUUUCUCUUAAGCGAGACGAUCUGGACGUGAGGUCGGGUCGAGCUGGACAACCUGGGCGAGGUGGUCUGCAUGAACUGAACCACCUCGCGACCAGGUCGUCUGGCAAAAAAUACGGGCGAUGUGGUUGUCCGUGUCAAUUUCAGAUGGGCAGUCGACCCCACCUAGUGACCAGCUGGCCAGCGAAUCUCUGAGUGAGAAUAAAUUCCGUCCGUUUUGAACGGGAUAUAUUUUAUUUUUAUUUUAUUUGAUUUCAUAUUAUAUUUUUCAUCCCAUUUUAUUUAUUUGAUGUGUGAAAUAGAAUUUUUAGUAUUCGAGAAUUUUUUGAAUUCUUUUCUUUCGAAACAAAAGAAAUCUGAAGUACCUUGAAGAAUUAUUCAUUAUUAAUAGUAAUAAUAAAAAGGGGAAUUUUUGAGCCCCAAAUGAAAUUUUUUCAUUUAAUCUUUAAGAAUUAGCCUCAUUUUUACUAUGCAGUGCAAACGAAAAAAAAAGUUUUCCACUUUUUUUGUGACAUCUUUUUCAGUCAGUGUCCAUCCAGCCAGCUCUUUUUUCUUCUCUCUUUUUUUACGAGAAUAAAUUUGUCGUUUUUUUUUGAACGAGCUAUAGCUUGUUUUUUGCUCGUGUCUUCGCCAAGUUUUUUUUUGGCGCCAAAAAGUACACUUUGUUGGUUUGUGGGUUUUUCUUGGAAGCAAAACAUCGUGUAAAAUUCGCCAUGAUUUUCUAACCAAAAAUUAUUGAAGCUUUCCCAAAAUCCCAUAUUCAAAUUAUCAUUUUCCCUCUGAAAAUCAUAAAAUUCACCUGAAAUUCCUGGAUUCUCCGGGAAUUUCAGCCGUUUUUUAUGAUUUUCAGCUCGAAAUUGACCGGAGAUGCGGAAGCUAUGCCCAAAUUUUGAAGGCUUGACUGGGCUCAAGUUAGGCUAAGUUAGACCCUAUCUAGUUUUAGUCCAAAAAAAAAACAAAAAAGUACACUUUUCUGUUUUUUUCUUGUGACUAAUCAGUACAGAACAAAAAAAAGAAAAACAAAAAAGUUUUGCCGAUUUUUUUGUAAGCAAGCAAACAGAACGCUUUUUCGCCUUUGUAGUUUUUUUUGGAAAGUUCGGGUAACUUUUUCUCUGAGCCUUUAAAACUAUAUACAAAAUGUAAAGAAAAAAUGUUGUUUUUGAUCAGCAAAUUUAGAAAUUCUAGCUGAAAAACGAGAUGAAAAUGGACAUUUUUUAAAUUUCCCCGAAAAAAUACGUUUCAAAAUUGUCAUAUACAAAAAUUUCAGACACUUUUUUUGAUAGGUCUUCUUCAUCGUAAAUAUUGAUGACAAAAAUUGAAAUUUGGAGGUUCCUGACUGAAUUUUUCAUUAAAACUUUUCUCAAAACCCAAUAUUCAAACUGUCAUUUUCGAUCUGAAAAUCAUAAAAUUGACCUGAAAUGUCUGGAUUUUCUGGGAAUUUAAAGUGAUUUUUAUGAUUUUCAGCUCGAAAUUGACCAGAGAUGCGAAAGCUAUGUCCAAAUUUCCUCCCAAAACCUGACUUUCCUUUCAUAUUUUUCUUGAUUCAUUCAAGUGUAUCUAAUCGAGGUCCCAAAUGCAAAAAAAAAGAGGAAGAAAGAUACUUUUUUGUGACUCUCUCCACAAAAAAUUCUUUCUUUGUUUUCUUUUUUUUUGUUGUUUUUAAUCCAAAUUUCCUCCUCCUCCCUCCACUUUUGGAAGAAAAAAAAAACAUUUCGAAUUUUUUCCUCAAUUGUUUGUAUAACUCGAGUUUUAUCCGGUUUUUUCGAAUUUUCACACGAAAAAUGAAAGAAGUACUUGUGAUUUACAAUAACUCGGAGGGUUUUUUGGCACACCGCCAGACUUUUGCACGGUGUAAAAAUGCGCAAGCAAAUGUUAUGAUGAUUUCUUUCGUUUUUGUUUAUAUUACUCUCUCGUUUUUUGUGUUGUGUAAAUAAAACAUGCUUGUAUGCUUCUACAAGACACAAAAUAAAUGCUCGCUUUUUAUUUUUUUUUGAUAUUGGAGAUUUUUUGGCGUGUAAUUGAAUAGCGAAAAGUCAAUUUUUUGUUGUUUUGUGUUGGCAAAUUAUUUUGAUUCGGGAAUUUUUGGGUUUUAAGUUAGCCUAACUUAUUCGGAACAAAUUUUUAAACCUGAAUUUUCAGAAUAUCCCAAAAUCCUCUCCUAUUUUUCUGAGUUAGGCUAACUCCACGUCAUGUUUUCCCCUUGGGAAUAAUUAGCCAAAUAACCUAAAUUUUCAAAACUCUUCAUUCAAAUUGUCAUUUUCGAGCUGAAAAUCAUGAAAUGUUUCUGAAAUUCCUGAAUUUUCCAUGAGUUUCAGAUGAAUUCUAUGAUUUUCAGCUCGAAAAUGACCUGAGAUGCGAAAGCUAUGCCCAAAAUUUCAUUUUCGAUCUGAAAAUUCUUGAUUUCCAGCCCAAAAAUGGCCUUGAUUACUGUGGCUAUUUAUGCCCCCAAAUUGUCUCCUUCUCUGUUUCCCAACCAAAAAACCACAUUUUUCGUGUGAAAAUGCGAAAAAUAACGACCUUUUUCGGCUAUUUCUCAUUUUUCUUCAAAAAAUUCUCUCCCAGCGAACACUUCAUUUUUUAGUCCGUUUUCAAAAAUAGCAAGAAAUCGUAUAAGAGAUUAGCACUUCUUAUCUUCCUACGAAAACAACUUUGCUUAUCAAAAAUGAAAUUUUUGGCGUCAAAAUUCUCGAACAUCUUCCCUUCUCUUAUCAGAAUUUUUGAAACAGCUUUUCAACAAAAAAACGGUGUUUUUUGUUGUUUAUUUACUCAAGCAGCCUACGUUUUUUUGGUUCGUUUUUAGUUGCGAAAAAGAUUAGAAUUUCGAACGGAUUAUUUGUAUACUUUUUUUGUGGAAAAAAUAAAGAAGAAAUUCUCGCUUUUGAAAAAAAAAUGAAAAGUUUAAUGUCUUCUUUUUCCCUUUUGAUUUGCAUAAUUUUUCGCACCCAUACGAAAAAAAUAAAAAAAUAUCCGCUGAACAAUUUUUUAUCGCAUAUUUUCAUCUUUUCUCUUUUGCUCUUUUUUGGUGGGAAACAUCAGAAUUUUUUGGGAAAAUCUUGUAGCUUAUUUCGAGAUGAGUUAUGACGUGGAAAAUCUUGAACACAGCUCUGAAACCCCAUAUUCAUAUCGUCAUUUUCGAUCUGAAAAUCAUAAAAUUCAUCUGGACUUCCUGGCCAUCCAGGCUUUUCAGAUGUUUUUCAUGAUUUUCAGCGUAGACGCGGAAGCUAUGCCCAAAUUUUCAUUCUACCCAUCCUAAAUCGGGCCUAAUCGAGCCUAAGCCUAAUUUCAGACUCCAUUUUAGACGAAGCCUGAAAUUUGAGAUUCUCUUGAAUAUUAUUCAUUUGCCACGUCAUAACUCAUUUCCAAACUCUAUCCCUUUCUCCUCAUCCCAAUCCCCUGAUUUCAGAAUGGAUCCAGACGCGGAGUUCAACCUUCUAACAACAAUCUAUCAAAGUGUUGUGUACGACAUGAAACAAACGUAUCCCGGUUGGGAGCAAUUGAGUCAAAGAGCACAAAAAUUGGGAGCACACCUGAAAGCCACUGCACAAUGUUUGAACGGAUUUGUGGAGGCGAUGCAAAGUGUUUCGGAUCAUGCUAAUAAUUUGAAGGGUAAGGGGCGAUUUUUAGAGGGAAGUUGAUAGAAAUCAGAGUUGCCACGUGGAAAAUUUCACGUGAUUUUUAAAAAAUUUUCAUUUCGGUUAAAAUUUCGAAAUGAAAAUGGUCCGCGAAUUGUGAGUUAGGAUAAGUCGUAACAAAAUUACAACUGAAAACCAAAAUUUACUCUAAAAGCAGAACACCUUAGGCUAUAGAAGCCUGGCAAGCCCUAAAUUAAAAAUCCAAAAGCCUCAGCUCCGAAUCUACCUCUACAGGUUCAACCCGCGAUGUUGGCGCCUGCAUAACACGUGUCUGCAUCAAACAACGAUCGAUCGAAAAUCGAAUGAGAUCUUGGGCCGACGCACUAACUGACGAAUUUGCACUCGGAUUACAACAACGAGGAACCUAUUGGAAGAAUCGAUGUAAUGAGUUGGACAAAAUGGCGGCGAAACAUGUGAAAAAGGUGCGCGCGCGGAAACAACGACCCGAUAUCACUGUGAUGAAUGAGCAAAGAGAAUUGUGCACCAAGAUUUUGACGGAGCAAAGGACACAGUUUGCAUUUUUUAUCAAUACGUUGAUGCCGGUUUUGGUAAGGGAUUUUGAAUGAAAUAUUUUUUUCUACUUGAUUUUGAACAACUGGUAAUGAAGCUGUUGUAAAAAACUGAAGGAGUCAACUGGCAUAUGAGUUAUGACGUGGCAAAGUCUGAAAAUCGGAAUUUUACUAGGUGAAAACUAGCCUCCUGAAUAAUAGAAUUGCAUAAAAAGCACAGAGGUAGCUCCAGCUUAGCUUCAAAUUGUUCAGAAGGCUAGUUUCCGCCUAGUAAAGUUCCGAUUUUUCAAAAUUGCCACGUCAUAACUCAUUUUCCAGUUGACUCAUUCUGUUUUUUACUACAGGUUCAUUACCAGUUGGUCAAAAUCCACGGUGCGCUUUCCUUUACGCGAGCAGCCGUCGAGAAAAAAAUGGAAAAAGAAGCAGAAAAAAGGUCAGAGAAAGAGAGGAAACAAGUGAAAAGAUUAUGGCGCAAUGAGAAAAUUGUGUGCGAUGGAGCGCGCUUUCUCUCCUCUCCUAAAAAUUUCUCGACGGUCUUUUUGUUCAGGCGACGUAAAGAAAAGCGCACCGUGCCACGGGCGAAAAAACAAGACAAAAAAGGCACACUUUUUUCACUGCGGACUUUUAGGGGAAAAGGGGCGUGUCAUGUACCCUACAGUGUACCUUAUGGGAAUCCCUCCAGAGUCAACUCUGAUCACUCCUCGAUUCAUAUUAUCUCUCGUUUGAGAAUCGACAAAAAAGUGAAAAUGAAAAGAAAAUACAACAAAAUGAUUUUUUCGCGCACUGAUUUUUAGGUAGAUCAAAUUAAAAUCUGAAUAGUCCGCAAUGAAGAAAAAUGUUUGAUUUUUUCGCCCGUGCCGUGAAUCUACUAGAAAAAUAUAUUUCAUUCAAAAAUCCUUUCUCUAAACCUCUUCUAACGCUAUUUCUUUCACAGAACAAUCAAAUGAAUAUGUUGGACGAUGGAGCGCACUUACGACAAGUCGUCGAUUCUCUCGAAUCCACCGUCAAACACGUCGACACUGAUCAACUGGUCAACUCAAUUGUGAAUGACGUGGCACAGGGUCCCGACACGGCGUGGAAACAAUGUCUAUCGCAAGCCGGUCAGAAAUGGCGAACCGGUUCGAGUAGCGAUGACAAUUAUUCGGUGAGAGAUAUGUGUGCAACACCGGCGAGUUUGCGAGGAGUUGGAGGAAGUACGAUGGAUAGUUCGGCGAGUUCGGUGAUUACGUCAUCAUCGACGCGGUUUUCGAUGAAACCGCCGCUUCAGAGAAGAAAUAGCGAGAAAAGUAUUGGACAGGUAAGACUUUUUACAUAUUUUUCUCAAAAAUGCUCCAAUUUUCACCCGAAAUUUGUCGGAGAAUGUGUAAAACAUUAAAGUAUUUUUGCAGUUCUCAAUGUCUUCACCAACUGAAGGAUCAAACACUUGUUUGAACAUGAUUGGAAAUGGUCUCACAACGAACUCGUCCUCAAACACAAUCACUGAUAUUUAUCGAUCGAAUCCACCGCCAGCUUAUCAACAAGUUAUCAAUGCACGACAGGGCGCAAUUCAACGACCGCAAAAUUUGAAUUUUGACACAUUUGUGAGUGAUUUUGGGACGAAAAGGGAAAAUAAAUUAAACGUGGUACUGUAGUUGACGAGAUGUGUGCAAACACUGACACGCCUACACACAAUGCAUUUUAAUUCACGCGCACGUAUUUUUAUUUAUUUAUUUUGUGAAAACCCGGGGAAAUCGGAAUAUUUAGGGAUAGGGAAUGUGAUUUUGCUAGUUUUUAACCUGUGAAAAAUUGAAUUUGAAAGGACAAAUGUGAUGUUUUAAGCCUGGAGCAUUUCGAAGUUUAAGAAUAAAGUUUUAUGGAUAUUUUUUGACUAAAUUUGAGUAAUUUUCACAGUAAAGCCCAAAUUUCCCUCAAUUCCAUAAUUUUCCAGACUCCAUCUUCUUGUCUCGGAACAACUCCAAUCGUCUAUUCAACAACAUCAUCAAACAAUGGAAUAUCUCCACCCGGUAAUAAUAUCAUCCCAUCAUCCGGUAGUUCAGUCGCUUCAACAAGUGCAUUGCUCAUAUCAGAAGCCUGCAAAGACAUUGAUCAACUUGGAAGCGAUUUGGAGAAUUAUUGUAAUUUGAAUAACAGUCAAGAGAAGUAUUAUAUUGAUUCGACAUCGGUGAAUCGAAGAGCUUCGCAUGCUGGAGAUUUUGGUGGAGGACAAAAUGUUCAUGGUAAGGGUUUGAAGUGUGGGGAUGGGGAUUCUGGUUAUGACGUGGAUAAUUUUACUCGAAAAUAUUGAUUUUUUCAGCCAUCGAUCAAGCAAAACGAGUUUCGGUUCAUACAAUUGGAUUAGGAUCCUCCCAACAGCAACAAUCACAAAUUGUUGGAGGAGUGAGAAUGAGAACUAGUGAGUUUGGAUUUUGAGCUAUGACGUGGCAACUUUUUUUUUCGAAAAAAAAAACAGAUGAGCCUCGUUUUUUGUGGAUUCUAAGAGAUUUGAACGUUUUUUUUCGAAAUUUUAAUGUUUUCUCGAAUUCCCAGAGAUUUUUUUGAACUUUGAAACCAGAAUUAAAGGGGUUGUCCUUCUACGUCGAAAAUCAAGUCCGCAAUAGUGCGUCACUUUUUAAAACUAACUAUAAGCAAGCCUAAAGUUGAUUAAAAUCACUUUCCAUAGUUGAAAAAUGUUAGGAAAUACGUUUCGCGAGAAAUACACAGAAAGAAAUGAUGUGUGUGAAGAGCACACAUGUUUUUUAUAUGCACUAAAACCUUAAAACCUAACAAAAACAUGAAUAAAAUGGUGAAAACUCGCUCUAAAAUCAAAAUAAAAUAUGGAAUGUUUCAGGAGCACCUUAGCUCUAUCGAUUAAGCCUAAGUUUCCCUGUAGCAGGACAACCCCUUUAAAAAAAAACUAUUUUUGAGCCUAAUUUUCAAAAAAUGUAUGCAAUCAAAAAAUCAUUGAGAAAAUUUCCAUUCAAAAUUUGAGUUUUAUCUGAAACGUAUUUUUUUCAUCUGAUUUUUUUUGAGUGAAAUUCAAAUUUUUAUAAAUUUUCACUCAAAAACUGAGAAUCCCAAUUUUUCCAGCGUCAGCUUCUCGUCCACCUCCACCAGCUCGAAGAUCUUCACAAAUCACAGCAGCCACUCCAACUGCACCAUCUGUGGCUGAACAAAGAAUGAAUGGAUCAAUGGGUUAGUUUGAAAAUUUUCACAUGUAUUUUUGUUUCUGAAUUUUUCUGAAUUUUCAAAUUUUUUAGCCGGAAGUCGUCAAUCUUUGGAUUCAGCUGGUUUAUAUGACAACAAUCCUCAAAAUCAACAACAAUAUUACUCAUUUUCGCGCCAAAAUCCGGCAAAAACGGCGGCUGCUGCCAAAUUUCGCAUCUAG